UUUCCGACCGUUUGUUAUCGUUAUUUAGCAGAGAGUCUGAAUUGGACCCUUUAUUGUUAUUGAGAGUGUUUCAGAAAAUUCUUGCAUUCUUGCGUUCUCAGAAAUUGAUCCAAAGCCCUCUCCAUAUCUACAAUUUCUCAAUUGGCGUUCUCACAAGCCUUCGGAUCCAAAGCCUUCUCCAUAUCCACAAUUUCUCCAUACAGUUUCAUAUCUACAUUUUUUUUUCAUUAUUUUGUGUUUUUUACUUUUGUUCUAACGUUAUGGAUGCAGGGUCUUUGAGCUCCUUGAACUGUAACAGCACGUAUAAAUGCCCUCUCCAGGAGCAGUUUCAUCGGAGAAGGAAGACCAGGGAGAAUUUGGACAGAUUCAUUCCCAACCGAUCAGCCAUGGACUUCGACUAUGCUCAUUACAUGCUGACCAAAGGGAGGAAAGGCAAAGAGAACCCAAGUGUUCUCAGCCCAUCCAUUGAGGCUUAUUUGAAGCUCUUGGCUAAUACCUUCCAUAUGAACAGAGGCCGCAUCCUCGCCUUUAAGAACAAACCACCGACUCCAGUAGAGCUGACACCACGUGAAUUCUUGUCUCCUGUUCGCCAAUUCAAGCCCUCAAAGCCUAAACAGCAUAUUCCCCAGACUCCUGAGAGGACAUUGGAUGCUCCUGAUAUUAUAGAUGAUUAUUACUUAAACUUAUUGGACUGGGGUAGCAGCAACAUUCUUGCAAUUGGUCUUGGAAGCACGGUACAUUUUUGGGAUGGUUCAAAUGGUUCUACCUCAGAGCUUGUUACUGUUGAUGAUGAGAAUGGCCCUGUUACAAGCAUCAGUUGGGCUGCUGAUGGACAACAUAUUGCCAUUGGCUUGAACAACUCUGAUGUUCAGCUAUGGGAUUCUACAGCUAAUCAACUGCUGAGGACUCUGAGAGGUGGCCACCAAUCUCGAGUCGGUUCUCUAGCUUGGAACAACCACAUCCUUACAACUGGAGGAAGGGAUGGUAAGAUCAUUAACAACGAUGUGAGAGUGCGAUCACACAUUGUGGAAACUUAUAGAGGACACCAUCAAGAGGUUUGUGGAUUGAAAUGGUCUGCCUCAGGCCAGCAGCUAGCAAGUGGAGGGAACGACAACAUGCUCUACAUAUGGGACAGGUCCAUGUCCUCUUCGAAUUCACGUUCUCAGUGGCUUCAUAGGCUUGAAGACCACACUGCUGCAGUGAAAGCCCUUGCUUGGUGCCCUUUCCAGAGCAAUUUGUUGGCCUCUGGUGGAGGUGGAAACGACCUAUGCAUAAGGUUUUGGAACACCCAUACGGGUGCAUGCUUGAACACAGUGGACACAGGCUCACAGGUCUGUGCUCUGCUGUGGAACAAAAAGGAGAGGGAGCUGCUUAGUUCCCAUGGCUUUUCACAGAAUCAACUUACUCUGUGGAAGUACCCAUCAAUGGUGAAGAUUACUGAGCUUACUGGUCAUACAUCCAGAGUUCUUUUCAUGGCUCAGAGCCCAGAUGGAUGCACAGUGGUAACUGCUGCAGGAGAUGAGACACUCAAAUUUUGGAAUGUCUUCGGCACCACCCCAGAAGUGAAAAAUGCUGCACCAAAAGAGCUGUUUCCACAUUUCAGUCGAAUCCGUUAGGUUUCAUUUGAGCAUUGAAAAGUAUCAGGGGAAAGAAGAAACAUGUUUAAGGCUCUUAAAAUUUCUCCAUAUUUUUUCUCCAACUUAAAUCAUUUGAAACAAAGAGUUUUUGGAAGUCUUCAAAAUUUCAAUCAAUUUUCAUCAUUUGAGAUUUUCUUUCGCAUUUUCCAUCAAAGCCAAAUACAAGAAUGAGAUUCUCCCAUAUUUUUUUUCCUUUCCCUGAUACUUCCCUAAUCAAAUGAAGUGUUAUGGAUGAUGGGAAAAGGUAGAUAAGGGAUCAUGAUGGGCUUCACUCCAUCAAUCUGAUAAUUUGUGUAAAUGUCCCAGCUGAAGUUUCACAGUUUGCUGGGCUUUCUUUUUGGAAAAAGGCUACUCAAAGGUAGGUGGUUAAUCUUGUUCAUGAAUCAAUAAAGCUGUAUUUUGAGCGGAAAUGCAGAUUCUGAUGUUGUUUGGAUUAACCUUCAAAUCCAGAAGUCCAAAUCCAAAUGCACUUUCACCUUGAAAGGGUAUUCAGUAGAAGCUGAAGGUUGGCCUGCUUCUUCUUUGGUUAGAGAAGAGUAAAGAAUUCAGCUGUUGGCCUCCCUCUGAUUGGUUUUCUUGUUUCUUUUGCCAAAAACAAAGGGCUGUUGCCUUGUCUCUGAUUGUUGUCUUUGUAUUUUGAGAAUCUGAAACUGGGUGUUUGAAACUAGACUGAAGUAAUUUAUGGUUAUCAUAUUGUAGAUUUGUUUCAUUUUGGACAUCUGAAAUUGAUUUGACUUUCACUAACUCCAAGUUCAUCGGGGGUGGACAUUUUUCCGAAAAAAUACCAAUACAUAAAGAGAUACAAACCUUUCUCUAAAGGAAACUUCGGUAUCAUGUUGAACACUCAAUUUUCCUAAAAGUAAAAGUUUAAGAUUCAAGAUCUGAAUCUUUUGUUUGAAUUAUUAUGUAUUACUUUUUAUUUCUUUUAAGUUUUUUAUUUUUAUUUUUAUUUAUUUAUUUAUUUUUUCUAUAUGUCUAAUCAUUUUGUGAUGUUUGGAUAAGAUUCUUGUUUUCUAUUGUUAAAAACAGAAAAUAAGGACCUGUUUGGUGGUUGGUGUUUCUGAAAACUGUUUUUGUUCUCAACACAUUUGGGAAGUGGGUGUUUUGUUGGUUCCCACUGUUCUCCGUGCUUGCAAAUCCCUCUUUUCAGAGAACUUCAAAAAGUUGUUUCCUUUGGCAUCUCUCUGUGUUUUCAAUUUGGUGUUCUCCGUGUUUUCCCUGUGAUUUUUCCUCCAGCAAGUCUUCAACCUCCAGCACAUCUACAACAAGUCUCUCUACCAGCAUGAUACCAAGGUGCAAUUCUCUCAUUUUCUCAAUCAAAUUCCUCUCAUCAGUGCAAAUCGCAGGUGCGAUUCUCAGCCCUCUCUUCACUCUCAUCUGAUCUAUCAUGAGAGUGAUCUAUCAUGAAAUUUCCGUAGGGCUUUUAGUUUUCAAACAUUGCUUCUUCAUGAUUACUUUGCUUAGUUGCUGAGAAAAUCUGGAUUUUUUUCUUGAGGGUUGUAAGAUUUAUGGUUUUUUUUUCUCCAUAAGGGUAGUGACUCAUGAGUUCUCUGUAGUUCUAGAUCUAAAAACAGAGUACCAGAAAGGGGGGAAAAACAGAAAGGUGGAAAGAAGUUUCUGAUGGUCAUUCUAGAAAAUACUGAAAGGUUGUAGUGUGAUCUUGGGGUUUUCACUACCUCUGUUAUGAUUAGAUCACAGAUCAGUUCAAAAUACUGAAAGGUUGAAUUUCAGCCCUACCCUUAAAUUUCUGUAUACUCACAUUAUAUUACCCUUGUAUCAAGUUCUAGAUAUAUAGGAACUGGUAAAUGCAAUUAAUGAUUGAACUUAAAAUUGCUUUACUGGUCAUCCAAUAAAAAAAAAAACUUUGAUUCCUUGUGUUUAUCUAAUUAUAAUCCCACCUUACUAGUUUUGACUAUAAUGGACCCCUUAAAACACAUUUCAAAAGCUACAUUUAAACAAUUCCAUCAGGAAAGUAGUAAUAAUCAUUUUUAGAUGCAUUUCAAAAUUAACAAGAAUGCAAAAUGGAAUUUCUACAUUUUAAAAAUGCAUAUUUUGUAUAUUUAGUAGUAAUAAUCAUUUUUGGAUCCAACAGUAUGGCUCACCGUCCUCCUAACCUAAGCUCUCAAUUCAUUCUCUUCUAGAGAUAUGAGACCCUGACAAUUGUUAGGAAACGUCACCUUACAGUUGAGAGAUAAAAACAAAAGUUAGCCCAUGUUGCAGGUGUCUUGGACCUUUGGUUGCAGAGUGCUUGGGAAUUGAUUGUUAAGUCAACAAUUUGGAAGGCCUCAUUCUUGGGCAAACACAAGAUACUGAUUAUAAUGUUUUUUUUUUUUUUUUAUAAGUCAAAUUUAUAUUUUGGCUCCAUGUAUGAUAUUAGAGAAGAUACAUUUUUUAAAAUAAAAAAUACACCAACACCAUUCUUACAUAUUUUAUUGACAUUUUGGUAAUACUAUGAAUUAUUUUUGUUUUGUUUUCAAACAAUUUUUUUAGCAAAUGUGAGAAAGAACCUUCCAUCAUCAAUGAAUAUCUGUGUCUCUCCAUGUAAGCAUACCUACUAAUAUUAUUACAAUUAUUAUAUGAACUAGUAAUUGAAGUUUCCAAAUUCUUAAUUGUUUUCUUCAAAAUCCUUUUGGAUUUAAUCUUUGCCUAUUGCAAGUUGUGCGACCCUCUUAAGUGAAAACAACCAACAAACAAAUAAAAUAAACAGAUGUGAUAUGGGUUGGAAUUUUCAUUGCUUUCAUCUUGUAUUUAAUUUAUAUUGUUCUGCGUUGGUGUUUUUCUUCCUCUUUCUUGCUGAUUUUGAUAUGGGUUUCUUGUAAUUUUUUCUGAAUUCGAUAUGGGUUCCAAAUUUGGUCUCGAAGUGAUUUUCUUUUUCUUGAUGUUCAUUUGCAUUUCUCAUUAUUUUUUUCACUAUUCAAUCUGGGACUCAUUAAUUUUCUCCAUUUUUUCCCAGUGUUCUUCCAGAAUCAAUCUGAUUUCAAACUUUAUUUUGAAGCAAAUUUUCCUGUUCAUUGUUGUUGAUUUUAGUUUGGGUUGUCUCAUUUUGGUUGAUAAAAAACUAAGACUAUGAAAAAGGAUAGAUACUUUGAAGCCCUUGUCUUGCUUUGUAGUUUCCAGAAGAUAAAGAAAUUGCUUAUGCCUUUUUCAUUUGUUAGAUGCUGGAUUCAAUAUUUCAAUUUCUCGUAUCAGCAACCAAAUGGAGAAUCAUAUGUAUCUUUUAUAUUAACACUAGGCUAAGAUAGAUCACUUUAUGUGAUUUCUUUGAAUAUUUCCUAGUUCAUUAACACAUCUUCUGGAGUUCAGUAGGUUCUGAAUGAUUUGUGUUUUAUUAAUCUGAUUUCUCAUUUCUUGCAACUGGAUCACUGAUUUUGGACUUUUGGUGUUUGAUUACUGUGAUUUUACGGGUUCUGCUCUUGGUCUAGUUCUUGUGGUGUGACAGAAAAUGGUUUUUGUCUGUUCCCUUUCUUUGAUUUGCAGGUGCCUCAUGGCAUUGGAGUGGUUCACUGCAAAUUCUUCCUAGACCAUCUUUACAACUUCCAGGGGACCAAUAGGCCUGACCCAAUGCACCAUUGGGUUAGGUUCAGCUCAACCGUUCAAAUGUGAGCUGACAGGGAGAGAAGGUGCUACAUCCGCUUGUUGAAGCCUACCUCCUUGCUGCUUUGCGCUUUAUUCUUUGCCUGUAGCUACCCAGAAAGUCUCUUGUAGUGAUCUGAAAUGUAUCCAUACUUGAAUUGUUUCUGUUGUUACAUUUUUUGUUUUAACUACUAGAUUGCAUCAAUGGUUGUUGAUACCUUUUCAAUGGAUGAAAUGAAUGAUGUCGAUGAACAGAUUUAUGAGUC